UAACACUAAGUUGAUUAUGUUUUCAUCAAUUGAAAUACUCACAAAAAAUGAAAGAUAGAACUCUCGUCUAGGAACAUAAAGAAAAAAAUUCAAAUUAACCGGACAGACCAUUUUGAAUGGUGACCAAUCUUCUAAUUAUGAUUAUUCUAAAAGACACACUCAUGAAAGUAAAAAUAUUAAUAUAUAUUAUAGAUGAUAAAGGAGAUCACUAAAGUUUUCUUAUGAAGAUGGGUUAUUCAGUUUCAGAUGAUCCUAAUUAUUAAGAAUAUCAGAAGAAAAAUAGAGUGAGCUCAAUUUCAACAGAUUAGUAAUCAAGAUAAAGAAUAACAAGUCGUUAAUCUAAUAAUAAUUCUGUUGCUACUAGAGGAUAGAGUAUAGAACUUAAUAACAAUUAUGAUAAUAUGAACUGUCCAAGAAUAAGUCUGUACAAUCCAAGAACAAUAAGAAAAACAUUUUAAUGUGAUGAUUCUGAUGGUGGACUUGAGAAUUUUAGUGAUCAUUCACAUUAUAUUAGUGUUGAUAAUACUCCAAAACCAAAUAAAACUACUAGUUUUACAAAAGAAACGAUAUCAAAAAUUCCAACUUUGAUUUAAUUUAAAUUUCAAAGGAUUAGAAGAUGUUUUUAAAUGAUUAAAGCAUUAUUAAGAAUGAAGAAUCUUUGCAAGUAUUAUUAUUUAUAAAUAUUCAAGUUAAAAGAGAACAUCUUGGUAAUUAAAAUAAGAGAUUUUAAAAAGAAAUUAGAAAUCAUUGAAAUAUAAUGAAGGUAUUACUGCAAUCAAAAUUAAAUAAUGGACAUAAAUGGUAUUCUCAAAAAUGAUUUCCAUAAUUCAAUAAAAAAGAUUAGAUAAGUGCAAACUUAAUUUUAUUGUAAUAUUUAUAUUUAAUAUUUUAGGACAAUCCUGAAAGUAUGUCAUAAUUAGAAAAAGAUUAAGCAAUUAUAUUUGUAUCAAAUAUUUUCACUUUUGCUAUGUCUAAUUUAGUAAUAAUGACAUCUAGCACUAAUUUAUUAAAUGAAUUAUAAGUCUUAAUGUAUUAAGAAUAAUUUUUUGAAUACAGAAAACAAUUUAGUAAAUUUGUUAGUCAAAGAGUUAAUUAUAUCUGUUAAGAUUAUUAAGUAUUAACAGAAUAAGAAAAAGAACUAAUAUUAUCUGAAUGUGUUAUCAUUAAUAAUCUGAUUCCAAGUUUGAUUAAGAUGACAGAAAGCUUGGAUAUAUUAAAAUGUAAUAAGCCAAGCAUAGAAUUUUUAAUUAGAUGUUUAAUUUCCUUAAUUCAGUAUUUUUUUAUAUAGAAAUUUUCUAAUAUUCCUAAAAUUGAAAAGAAAAAAUAAAAAAUUAAUUUCUCUUAAUAUCAAUUAGGCAAGAAUGAUACUUCAAUGAUAAUUAUUUAAAAUACUCAAAUCAAGUCAGAUGAAAUGAUUUUUGGUACUUACAAUGAAUAACAAUUAAAAGAUUUCUUAUCUAAAGAAAAUUGGAAAGAUUCCAAUAAAAAGAAAAUGAACUAAGUUACAACUAAUUUAAUCAGUAUUUUCUGA